GCGGCUCCGGCAUGGACGGCGCGCCCGCCGCGCUGCUGGUGGCGGUGGUGGCAGUAGUGCCUGCCCGCCGGGCGGCUCUCGCAGUAUCGUUUUAUGGUGAUAGCUUUGUAGAGCUGAACACGGCAGAGGUAUCCUCUCAGACAUCUUUACAGUUGCAGUUUCGAACAAGCAAGGCACAGGGACUACUUUUUCUUGCAGCUUUGAAGACAGAUUAUUGUUUAAUGGAGCUACACUCAGGAUUUGUACAGUUGAGAAUUAACUUUGGUGUGGGGGAAAGAGUUCUGCAUUCUCAGCAAAGAUCUCAGCUGAAUGAUUUAGCUUGGCACCUGGUUGAACUACAUCAUGAACAUGAUAAUGUCACAUUGGUAAUUGAUAAACAUGAUAGAACUAGUGCAAAAAUACCUGGAAUUCUCUAUGAAUUAAACAUUGAUUAUGGAUUCUACAUAGGUGGUACUAGUAAACUUGAUGUUCCCUACCUUGUUGGAGCACUUCCCAGUUUCCGAGGAUGUAUUGAUGAAGUGUUGUUCAACCACAGAGACAUUCUGAUUCCUCUGAGACCUUCUCCUGGCUUCAAAAUCAUCCAUGAAGUUUUGGUGGGAUGUAGUGAUGAAUUCUUUGUGGGUGAAGAAGAACCGAUCAGUUUCUUCAGUUCCAUGUCCUAUGUUUCUUUCCCAUCAUGGAAUGUGGACGAUGAGGGAAGUUUCGAGUGUACAUUGCAAACCUCAGCUGCACGUGGCUUGCUGCUUUACCACCCUGGGCAAUUGGGAGAUUUCAUUGCAAUGGAAAUGGAAGGUGGUUUAAUUAAAGCUUAUGUUGGAAAACAUAGACAUAGAACCCAUCUUUCUUCUCGUAGAUCGGUCAAUGAUAGUCAUUGGCACUACAUCAAGCUGAAAUUUACUGCAGAAUAUUUGCAGCUGACAUUGGAUGAAGAAACGAAAAAAUCAUUGCCUCCCCAUAGUAAGCUGCCAAUUCUGAAGGGAUCCCUCUUUGUAGGUGGUGUAGAAGACAGCAUACGAUCAGAAGUGGUUAAAUUAGAGCUAAUCUCAGUGUCUGGGAAGUAUGCCAGAGGAGGAUCCUUCAAAGGUUGCUUAAGAAACCUGAAAGCCAAUUCAGAAAAGAAAUCGCUGAAGAAUGUUCUGGUAACUAAGGACAUUUCAGCUGGAUGUGAAAUGCAGAGUGCUUUUAAUACGAAUCUUUCUUUAAAGAUGGCUGUAAAGAACCCUCCUGUGAAAACAGCCCCAGUAUUUGCCAUUUCUCAUGAAAGCUCUGUCUCUCUGGGCAAGGAAGACAAGAGCCACCUUUUAAUUCUAAGUAACUUGAUUGUGCCAGAGGGUGGACAAGCUUCACUCGAAUCUAAGCAUAUUAAGGUCAGCUUAGACUUUGAGAAAUUAGGAAUUCAUCAGUCACAAAUUCUUUUUGAAAUAAAGGAACCACCUUCUCAUGGAGACUUGAAACUGAAUAUUGGACCAGUGCAGGAGGUAAAUACAUUUACUAUACAAGAUGUGUGGCAAGGGAAGAUUCUUUAUUUCCAUGAUGGCUCUGAGGACACUUACGAUUAUUUUAAUUUCUCCAUUUCUACCAGCAGCGAGAAGAUCAUGCCUCCAUAUUUUCAAGAAAAUGAGCAGCAUGUGUUUAGCGUUACUGUCAUUCCAGUAAAUGAUGCACCUGAGAUCGCGCUUCCUGAGGGAAACUUGCUGCUUCUAGAGAACUCAAAGAAACGUUUGACUAGAGACCUGAUAAAAGUUCUAGAUAAGGAUACAGAUUCUCGGGGUCUCAGUCUUUCAGUCCUUGGAAAUCUGAAUGCAGAUGCAGGAUUUUUAGAAAACUCAAAGCAUCCUGGAAAAGCCAUUACUACUUUUUCUAAUGAGGACUUAAGAGAAGGUACUGUUUUCUUUGUCCACACAGGUGUCAAGAACUCAAGGCUUGUUCUCAGGGCAAGUGACGGUGAGAAGGUGAGCAACACUGUUGUGUUACGUGUCACGGUAGUUCCUUUGGAUUACAGAGUUGUCAACAACUCAGGAAUAAAUCUACUCCAAGGUAUUACAACUCUUAUAGCACCUAGGCAUCUGGCAGUUGAAACAAAUGUUGUCCUCCAGGAACUGGAAAUACAGUACGAAAUCACAGAGCCACCUCAGUUUGGUCAAGUCCAAAGGCAGCAUUCAAGGGAGGAAUGGAAGCAAGUCAAUUGUUUCUCUCAACACUCUCUUUAGCGCAGCUGUGUGAGAUAGUGUAGCACUUCUAAAGAAAUUCAGCUGGAAAAUGUUACCGACCAAUUUAAAUUCAAAGUUAGUGUAGGAAACAGAAUCAGUGAAGAGCACACAUUUCCAAUCAAAGUGAAAUGGUUAAGGUACACUUUACUGAAACACAGUCCUCUAGAAAUUGAAAAGUCAAAAAAGAAGUACUUGAAUUCUGAUAAUCUUUUUGCUGUUAUUGCAGAUCUAGAAAUACCUGAAGAUGAGCUUCAUUUUAAAUUGCUGUCUCUACCAAGAAAUGGACAGAUACUGCUUAAUAACCAGCCUUUGAAAAAAGAUUCAAUCUUUAGCCAAAAAGAUAUUACUGAUCAAAAAGUGGCAUAUGAAUUAAUCAGCAGAUACCAUGAAGACAACUAUGAUUCAUUUAGAUUCCUAAUUUCUACAAAGUAUCUGGAAUCAAAUUUGUAUGACUUUGAAGUCUACAUCAAAUCAGAUUUUGGAAACAUUAUUUUGACUAACAAUGGCCUUAAUGUUACUGAAGGUGAAGGAGAGUUAAUAACGAGCACAAAAUUGUUUGUGCAAACAGUAAAUAAUAAAACUUUCCAAUACAAAGUUAUACAGUUUCCUAAGCAUGGGAAAUUAAAACUUAUUGAUUUUUCAGGCCCUUCUGAGAAUAAUGACAAUCUCACAACUUUCACUAAUAAAGAUAUAACCAAUAACCGCCUCAUGUAUGUGCAUGACGAUUCUGAGACAGUGUUUGAUGAAUUUCUUGUCAGAGCUUCCAGCAAAGAGUCAGGAAAGUGGGCAAACUUUGAUCCAGAAGUAGAACCUUUGUCAGUAGAAAUUAGAUUCAACAUUUCUGUCCAGCUGAAGAAUGAUGAGAAACCAAUACGUGUGAUUGAUACGAUAUUUAACAUAGUGAGAAAUGGGCAGUGAUUAUUGACUUUGGCAGAUCUUUGCUAUCAUGAUCCUGAUUCUGAUUUUGAUGAUGGACAGUUGCUAUAUACUACUAGACGUGGUAUUUCCAAUGGGGACUUGGUGCUAACAAAUGAUACUUUGCAUAGACUCUACCAAUUCAAACAAGUCGACCUGGAGCAAAAGCAAGUCCUGUUUCUACACUGUGGUGCAGAUUUUGGGUGUUUUGUUCUUUUUGUGACAGAUGGCAAGCACUAUACUUCUUUGCUUCUAGAAGUUAAUGCCACUGAUCCUUAUGUUAGGCUGGCAAAUAAUACAGGACUGUUGGUUCAAAAAGGGAAAGCGGAAACUGUUUCAACAGCUAACCUGAGUGCUACUACAAACCAAGACAUAAGAAAUGAUCAUGAGCUUACGUAUGAGAUACUCUCUUUCCCAAAAUAUGGAAGAAUAUAUGUAAAUAAUCUGUUGAUGGAUUCCUUUACUCAACGUGAUCUGAUAAAGGGGCAUGUAACCUACAGGCAUGAUGACAGCAACAACCUUAUUGACAAAUUCAACUUUACAGUCUAUGCUAGAGAUGUCCAUCUAAAUGCUGAAGUGCAGGUUCGCAUAUAUUUGGAAAGUCAGCAGCAGCCACCAAGGGUUGCAAACAAAAACAAUCUCUUGGUUGAAGAAGGAAAACUAGUUGAAAUCAGUAAAGGCAAACUGCAAGUUGUUCAUGAAAACAGUUCUCCAUCUGAGAUUGUGUUCACAGUAAGAAAGCUUCCAGUACACGGAUACAUUCAGAAAUUUUCCUUGGAAGAAAGUUAUCUCAGUUUUGACCAAAGGCCAGUUUUGAGCUUCACACAGCAAGAUGUCGACGAGGGCAAAGUCCAGUAUGUGCAGACAGUUUCUAACCAACCAGAGGACCAUUUUUUUCUGGAUGUGACCAACGGUGUCCAAACAGUGAGUGGAAUAGAGAUCUCUGUAGACAUCAUCCCCAGAAUCAUUCCACUGGAAGUACAGAACUUCACAGUAAUUGAAGGGGGCUCGAAAGCCCUGGUGGAAGACUAUCUAAAAAUUUCUAGUAGACAUUUUGUAGGACUCAGCUGUGAAUUCAUUUUAACUGAGCAACCAAAACAUGGGUAUGUUGAAAACUCUCAUGUUCCUGGAAUAAAGUUAACCACAUUUACCAGAAAACAGGUGGAACAAGAAUUAAUCUACUAUGUUCAUGAUGACAGUGAAGAACUGAUGGACAGUUUUACUGUGAUAGUAAAUAACACGGAGUUGUGGAAACAAAGUUUGCCCCAAACUGUAUUUGUAACUGUUACUGCAGUAAAUGAUGAAGCUCCUGUUAUAAAAGUUAACAAAAUUCUUCAGGUCUAGGUGGGUUCCAUCACAGAAAUAACUAUUGAUGACCUCUGUGCAGAAGACAAGGAUUCCUCACCAUCAGAAUUGGUGUAUUCCAUUACUCCACCUAGCAAUGGGCACUUGGCUCUGAAGUCUUCUCCAAACAAGAGCAUCCUUAGUUUUACCCAGGCUCAUAUAACUGAAGGGCGUCUGGUAUUUGUACACAAUGGAGCAAUGUAUGGAGGCUUCAACUUUCAGGUGACAGAUGGUUUGAACUUUGCACCUCAACAGAUUUUUAGCAUCACAGCAUACACACUGGUCAUUAGCCUUGAAGACAACAAAGGACUUGGAGUCUUUCCAGGUUCCAGGAAACCUAUUUCACAACAUGAUCUUAAAGCUGUAACCAAUGAUGUGAUCAGUGCAGGAAACAGAAGUAUAACUUUUAUGAUUGUAACUUUCCCAAAACUUGGAAGGCUGAUCAGAGUAAAUUCUGAUGAUACCACUCAGAAAAUUCUCAGUUUUACACAGUCUAUGGUUGAUGAAGGUGUGAUCAUGUACGAACACUUACAUGCUGAGUUAGCUGGCCGGAGUGCAGAAGAUUUCUUUACAUUUACUGUCUCCUCUCCACCAUCAGCUCUGGACCUCCAGGUGUUCCAUAUUGUCAUUUCAUAUGAAAUUACCAGAGAUGAUCGGAAUAGUCGUCUUCUAGCAAAUACAGGUGCCACAGUCCAGGAAGGAGGCAGAGUAUUGAUCAAUAAAACAAAUUUAGAUGCUUCAAAUCUAUUGAUUAAACUACCUGACAUACAGUGCUCCAUGUAUGAAGUCUGGUAUCAGGUUGUUUCUUUCCCCCAACAUGGCAUGAUUGUUGUUGGAGAAAGAAACGUUACCAAAGAAAAACCUAAUUUCUCCCAAUACAUACUGAACAAAUUUGGAAUUGUGUAUGUAAUAUAUAAUUCUGAAUCGCUUAAUGACAGUUUUGCUUUUGCUGUUUGGUUAAACCUAAAGAGCGAGUCUGCAACAAAGCCCCACAGUGAAGUUUUAGAGGAGAUGUUUAAUAUCACUGUUUUUCCAGUGAAUGACCAAUCUCCAGAACUCAAGACUAAAAGGCUGCACUUGAAAGUCCUGCAAGGAGAUAUGUCAGUGCUGGGGUCGGAGAACCUGAAAGUUGAAGACUUAGAUAAUGCCCCAGCUGAGCUCAAAUAUACCAUUGUUAGCAACCCCAAUAAUGGUUAUUUAGCAAUGAAAAGCAAUCUCAGUGUCUCUAUAAAAGAUUUCACACAAGCUGAUGUUGACAGUGGUAACAUUUGGUAUGUACAGGAUGGAAGUUCAUCUUCUGGGGUGUUUUGUUUCAGUGUGACUGACGGUAAACAUCGCCCUUUAUACAAACUGUUCAGUCUUGAAGUCAUACCAAUUGUUCUUGUCCUAGUCAACCUUACCAAUGUUGUACUUCCACAGGGCCAGACAUCUGUCACUAUUACUAAUGUUCAGCUUUCAGCUGUCACAAAUGGAAAAAGCACUAACAUUAUGUAUGAAAUAACUCAGCCACUCAAAUACGGGCACCUGAUGAUUGGAAAUAAGCAGGUUACUAAAUUUGAGCAGGCAGAUUUGUACUCGGGAAGGCUCUCCUACCACCUGUCAAAUCUCACUGCAUCCGAAGAAGUACUGAAGUUCAUGCUUUUCACUGCAGAAGGCAAUUUAACAGGACAAGUGCUGAACAUCACAGUGAAGCCUUUAGUACAAGUUGUACCUGAUCUGCAGAUUUCAAAUGGAGUGGCUUAUAAAUUUGGAAGCAGUGACCUGGAUGCAUCUGAGCUAGCUAAUUUGACAAAUAGUAAUCCUAGAUUUGAAGUGAUAGUGCCCCCCUCACAUGGAAAGAUUGUAAAGAAAAAGUUUGUGAGUGAUGCAGUGUUUGAAGACAUUCAGACAUUCACCCAGGCUGACAUUGAUGGUGGUGUUUUGCUUCUAGACAUAGAUACAAAUAUGACGGGCGUUGAUCUGUUAAAUGACUCAUUUACAUUUAUACUCAGGGCAGAUGCUGUGCAACCUGCUGUUGGCUGUUUUCAGUAUUCCAUUGUGCCACACAGUCCUCCACUUGUGCAGGGUUUUACGACAGAAGUGCCUUUCGUAACCAGCAUGACUACUUUAAAGGUUCAUACUACCUCAAAGUAUGAGGCACCAGCUUCCUCACAGGAGGAAGAGCCUGCAGUAGCACCACAGAAGCCUGAAUCAACUAAGUGGCCAGGGCAGAAUCACUGGGGAUAUCUACAUGAGAAAGGCCCAUUGCUAAAUCUGGCAAUGAGAACAAGUGUAUCUGAGGAGAUAAAGACUACAAGCCAGGUUAAUGCCAAGAGUCCCAGAGAGCAAGUGGGUGAAAGCAGCAAUGCUUGGUACAUCAUUAUCCCUCUGGUCCUGGUGUCUGUGCUACUCAUUGUUGCUGUUACUUUUGUGUGCAUUUUGUUAAUGUGCCAGAAGAAAGAGAAGACGAAAUCACUUGUCAAAAGUCAAGCAGAUGCAAUCCUCAGUAGUCCCGGUCGGUGUCUGGAAUGGAGCUUGACUGUACCUACUGUUACAGUGACUCCUCUUCUGAAGGGUGCUGAGAGAAGUACAGCAUCAACAUUCGUGGCAGUAAGACAUGAGCAGCUGCUUCCUGCAGUGGUUUCUCCAACUAUAGAAAGGCCUCUGCAAAACAGCAUUUUAAAUCUUGAUCCUGAAGUCAUCCAAUAUUGUCGGAAAACAAACCCAACUUUGAAGCGCAGUCAGUACUGGGUGUAGUUACUCCAGUUUUGGUCAUGCUAAUUGAUGUAGUAUGGAACAGAGAAUAUAUGUUGUUGACAUAUAAUUUGUUCUUUAUGCACUCAUUUAUUAUAGGUCAAAUGAUGCACUAGAUGAAAUCUAAAUAUCUGUGAAAUAAUAAUAAUAAUAAAAAUCUUAGUGAUUACAGUGGCCAUAAAAUAAGAUUUCCAGCUAGUACAUCAGCAAAGUUCUCACUUAAUUCAGUGCAGAAUUUGGCCUCAUGUAUUUUGAGUGCAUUCUAUGUAUGCACUAUUUUUUAUUUUCCAUGACACGUAAAAUGGAAUGUUCUAUCAUGGAUUAUAUAUUUUUAAUAGAAUUACUUUUUUUCGAAGAAGUAAUUUUUUAUAAAGGUCUUGUAUUCCUUCCUGAAUCAUGACUUGUAUUCGAAGAACUUUAAACUAUUCCAAUAGGUAAUUGCCAUGGUGCUAAUCUCAAUAAUAUAAUUUUGACCUGAAGGCUGUUCAGAGGCCAGUACUGAAGAAACAAAGCUGUGAUUAUUUUGACGGGUGUUCAUCCAGGUCACUGAACUGGAAAUCCAGAAUUCAACUCAGCAACAAUAGUACAGUACUGAAUAAGGAUUCUAGUAAAAUGCUGUGAGAUGUUGUUUGUUCUUUUGGUUUCUUUUUCCUUAUUUGAUACUGAACUCUAGCCUUUAGUGUCUGCAGGCUGGCAAAAUAUAUCUGUGACCCGUAAUCCACAUGCCAAAAACUGUGUAUCUGCCAGCCAGCCUGUCUGCUGAAUUAUCUUCAGGCUUAGGUUAUGUCUGGAUGUGCAUAUCAAAAUUUCCUACUCCUGACAAAGGGGUUAAUUCUGCUUUCAGUGAAGCAAACCUAACUUUCUCUGGAGUUUGUGUAUUCAAGCAGAUGACAGUAGAAUUAAGUCCUGUGCUGCAUAUUGUCAUGUGUCAUGGAGCUACUGAUAGAAACAAUCCUGUGAGGUAGAAUGUAUCCUAUUUUGAAGUUUCACAAUUUACCCUUCAUCUCCCAGAACACUGAACACAUAUGCCUUACACGCUACAAACAGAGUAUUACCUACUUACUAACUUUGCUCUGGUGAUAAAAUGUGCAAUAGUUUCUGUUCAAAGGGAAUAUUCUAGCAUUUUUGGAAAUCCAAGCUCUACAGUGAUAUGCAGCCUCCAGUUAAGGUCCAGUUUUUCUUCCACAGAGGACAAAUGACAAAAUUCCUGUUGACUUCAAAGAAUGAACUGAAUAAACUCAAGGGAAUGGUGGUGUGAUCAUAACCAGUUUCUUACUACCACUCAAAUCUUCAUCUAUUUUCUACCUCUAUAUUGUUACAGCUUCCAGAUAGCUUCUUUGUAAAAACACUGUUCUCAGCACUCUCAGGACUGCACUCGCUCAGUUAACACUGGAAUACCUUUUUUAUUUAGGCCUAUGUACUGUCAUUUUCACUUUUAUACAAUGGAUUUAUGGAUCUCAAGAGCCUUGGUGCUAUUCAUUUCAUGCUGCUUUGUUUUGGAUGAUUUUUUAUUGUUAACGAUUAGGUAUGUUUCUGUAAUUUAUAUAUUUCAAUUAUGGGAAAUUUUUACCUACAAGGAGGGCCAGACUUAAACUCCGUACUGCUGUGUUCUGAUAACUAAACACAGGAGCACUGGGGAUAGCCCCUCUCAUUUUUACCACCUCUGCCAUGUUCAGCCAUGAUCGGGGUGCAUUUUUAAGCAAUACAUUUUUCAGAGCCCACUUCAAGAAGAGUAGCUCAUCACCAGAAAAUAUGCAAGCCAUCUCUUCAGCUGGUCAAGUUGUUAGGGCACCAGAGACUAAAGAUAUGAACCCUUUAUAUGCUCAAACUAAAAUGUAUUUGAACACCAAGGGUUUUUGUCUGUCAUUACCAUAUUUUCCCUGAUGGCAGCAUGUGAAUUCAAGUAACUGAUCAGUGUAAAAGGCUCGGGAUGUUCACGUGUCUCUUAUGGACCACUGUAGAUCUGCAUUGUGGACUUUUCUCCUUUUCCAAGAAAAUCUCUGGCACUGUUUUGAGGUGGUGUUGUCAGCCAUCACAGAGGCAACCCAGCAUCCUUUGCGGAGGUACAGCUGUAUGUCUUUUGCCAUUUCCUGAGACCUCUUCUAGUAAUACCAAGCAGACAGCAGCUUCCUCCAGAUCCCAGCUGUCAGCUGCAGGCUGUCUCCAAUGCCUUCUGGACAGUAGCAGCAACCUGAUCCCUUUACACCUUCUCCAAGGCCACACUCCAAGGAGGAGUAAAUAAUUGUAAUCCUGACGCUUUCCUGACACCUAAUGAAGCCUGCCUCACAUUGCUCUACCACUGAGACUGUCCUGUUAACAGCAAGAGGUCUCAUGCUCCAAUUCUGACCAGGAGAUCAAGUGGUGUGCCUACAGUUUGGUACAGUUUGGACAAUGCCAAAAGCUCCUGGAGUCUGGUGACAAAAUGCACACUGCUGACUUGUGACAGGCUGAACAAAAAUAUGAAAGUGAAAUGCAUGCUUCAUGAGAUUUUAAUAAAGAUAUUGGUGUAAGGACAGGUGUGCCCAAAUCGGGAUGCGUAGUAGAGAUGGAGCGUGGGGCUUCCAUAUUGCUGGCAAUGUAAAAGUGAGACCAUGACAUAAUAGUGUCAAAGUCAAAGAACCCGCAAUGCAGUUAGAACUCCACAACUGGGCAUUCCUGAGUUUGAGCACUUGCAUGCUCUGAGCAAGGAAUCCUAUAUGAAAACCUCAGAAAAGGUGAUAGAAUUUGUGCAGGCUCUUUUGGCUUUAGCAUAAGGGGAUGAAGUCUUACUCACUGUUUCCAGUCUUACUCACUGUCAGGCUUUGGCUGACAACAGAUGUUCAUUUCAAGUAGAUCAGGAAUUACGGGAUUGAAUCUUGAGCAUUUGGCUCAAUUUUUAAAACAUUGAGGGUUUUUUCCGAUUUUGUUUUUUGUUUGUUUUUAAUUGUUAAAAUCAGCCUAAACACCUAAUUCAUCAGAGUAGUGUGCAAGCAUUCAGUUUUCUCCCUCAACUGUUGCUACUGUGAGGCAGCUGUGCCAAAAUGGCUACCAUAUUAUGCAAUGUUUUAAUGAAAACUGUAUGGAUGUGAGCUUAUUGUGUCAGUAAUUACUUGGUUUAAUGCAAAAUGCAGAGGUAAUAUUGUAGCUGAUUACUACAUAUGAAUUUUGCUUUUAUAUCCCACCCUGAAUCCCUAUUUAAAAAAAAAAAACAGGAAAAAAUCUGAUUACAAUAAUGUAAACUUUCUCUGUGGAUGGUACAGAGUAAUCUUUGCCAGAGGACAGUCUACGUUGUUCACGCAUAGAUGUUUUAUAUAGAUGAGAGAAGUCAGUCCUGGCUUAGCUAGAAGUCCAGCUUUGAGAUGGUACAAUCUGGCUAGGAUGAAUCACAUACUGGGUUUCCUAAAUUACUGUCAAUCUAGAAAACUCAAAAAACCCCCGCAUUUUGUGCUUAUGGAUUCUUUUGUGAUUCUAGGAACCUACAUAGUUAACGGUCAGGAUCUGGUUUGAAUAUUUUGGUUGUUUCACUUGGCCUUGAAGUUACAUGUUUUAUUUAGUGAAGAUGAGGUUUGUGAAAGAUUCCCUUUUUUACCAAAUGGAGUUCUAAACUGCAACAUGGAAGUCCCUUGAAAACAUAUAUUAAAUCAAUAAACUGUUUUGUUUAUAAUCUACACAGUUAAGUUUUUAUGCUUUCUUUAAAGACCUGUGCAAUGCUGUGUCACAACAGUGAAGAGACAGAACAGGAUCCCUGUGCCAGUAACAGCAUUCUUUUGAG